UUCACAUGAGAGAUCCUAAUAAUCAGCUUCACAUCAUUAAAAAUUUGAAGAUUGCUGUCAACAACAUCAUUACUCACCCACCUCAGCCCAGCGCCAUCCGAAAGCUUCUCCACGACGUUGUGUCUGUCAGCCAGCCUGCUGAAGGACUGGUGGCCAACGUCAUCACAGCUGGGGACUAUGACCUCAACAUCAGUGCUACUACUCCUUGGUUUGAGUCUUACAGAGAGUGCUUUCUUCAGUCCAUGCCUGCAUCAGAUCAUGAAUUCUUAAACCACUAUGUUGCAUGUAUGCUUGUAGUUUCCUCUAGUGAACAAGAUCCUGUGGAGCAGUUCCUGAAGCUGUCUCAGGAACAGCAUCGAAUUCAGCACAGUAGUGAAUACUUGUAUCCCAAGUGGUUUAUACCAAACACACUCAAAUAUUACGUGCUACUGCAUGAUGUCAGCACAGGAGAAGAGCAAAGGGCUGACUCCAUUUAUGAAGAGAUGAAGCAGAGGUAUGGAACUCAGGGCUGUUAUUUGCUGAAAAUAAAUUCUCGGACAUCUAAUAGAGGAACAGAUGAACAGAUACCAGAUCCUUGGAGUCAGUACCUUCAGAAAAACACAAUCCAGAACCAGGAUUGCUAUGAAGAUUGUCCUUACACUGUUGUUUCCAACAAGAAUAUGGAUCACUUGAUAUCAGAUGGCUUAGACAGUGAAAUUAAAGAUGGCUUGUCAAAUAACUUUAAGACUCACCCUCUUCAACUGGAUCAUCCCAGUGGCAGCCUGGAUAGCACUGAUUACACAAAGGCCACAGCAGCAUUGCAGGACUCAAAGAAAUCCAACUCUGGAACACCUCAUGGUGCUUGUCUGACCCUCACAGAUCACGACAGAAUCAGGCAGUUCAUACAGGAGUUCACAUUUAGGGGACUUCUGCCACAUAUAGAGAAGACAAUUCGGCAACUUAAUGACCAGUUAAUAUCCAGGAAAGGUUUGAGUCGAUCACUGUUUUCUGCUACUAAAAAAUGGUUUAGUGGCAGCAAGGUUCCAGAGAAAAGCAUAAAUGAGCUGAAGAAUACUUCUGGUUUGCUGUAUCCACCAGAAGCACCAGAGCUCCAAAUCCGGAAAAUGGCAGACCUGUGCUUUUUGGUGCAACACUAUGAGCUUGCAUACAGCUGUUACCAUACAGCAAAGAAAGACUUCUUAAAUGAUCAGGCAAUGCUUUAUGCAGCAUGAGCACUGGAAAUGGCAGCAGUGUCAGCUUUUCUUCAGCCUGGAGCUCCUAGACCAUAUCCUGCUCAUUAUAUGGAAACAGCAAUUCAGACCUAUCGAGAUAUCUGCAAGAACAUGGUUCUGGCUGAACGUUGUGUGCUGCUGAGUGCAGAAAUCUUAAAAAGUCAAAGCAAGUAUUCAGAGGCUGCUGCUCUUCUCAUUCGUUUAACCAGUGAGGAUUCAGAUCUUCGGAGUGCCCUUCUGCUGGAGCAGGCAGCCCACUGCUUCAUAAACAUGAAGAGUCCCAUGGUUAGAAAGUUUGCAUUUCACAUGAUAUUGGCUGGCCAUAGGUUUAGUAAAGCAGGUCAGAAAAAGCAUGCCUUACGUUGCUACUGUCAAGCCAUGCAGGUUUACAAAGGGAAAGGCUGGUCUCUUGCAGAAGACCACAUCAACUUCACCAUUGGUCGCCAGUCCUUCACGCUCCGCCAGCUGGACAAUGCUGUGUCUGCCUUCAGGCAUAUUCUGAUCAAUGACAGCAAACAACCUCCAGCUCAGCAAGGAGCUUUUUUGAGAGAGUAUCUGUAUGUUUAUAAGAACGUGACCCAGCUCUCACCUGAUGGUCCCUUACCACAGCUUCCUUUGCCCUACAUUAACAGCUCAGCAACCCGUGUUUUCUUUGGGCAUGAUAGAAGACCAGCAGAAGGUGAAAAGCAGGCAGCUACACACGUCAGCCUGGAUCAGGAGUAUGACUCGGAGUCAUCCCAGCAGUGGAAGGAGCUUGAGGAGCAGGUUGUUUCUGUGAUAAAUAAAGGAAUAAUACCUUCAAAUUUUCAACCAACCCAGUUCUGUUUAAAUCGCUACUCUGAUAACUCCAGAUUUCCACUUGCUGUGAUAGAAGAACCAAUAACUGUAGAAGUGUCCUUCAGAAACCCUCUGAAAGUUCCACUUCUUCUGACUGACCUUUCAUUGCUGUGGAAGUUUCAACCUAAAGACUUCAAUGCAAAGCAUGGUGGAGAAACAAAAGAGCUGGGAACGUGUGAUGAUGAUAUGAUAGGAACUGAAGCAAUAGCAGAAUUUUUGAUUAAUAGUGAGGAGACUAAAGUGGCAAGACUAAAGCUCUUUCCCCAUCAAACAGGGGAGCUACAUAUUCUGGGAGUCGUUUAUAAUCUUGGCACUGUUCAAGGUGCUGUGACAUUAGAUGGAAUAGAUCCUUCUGUUGGAUUACAGACAGGCAAGUUUGUCUCCAAUGGGUUAUCUGUGCGAGGACGGCAAGAUUUAGAAAUCCAAGGGCCUCGACUCAAUAACACAAAGGAGGAAAAAACAUCUAUCAAAUAUGGCCCUGAUCGACGUUUGGAUCCCAUUAUCACAGAAGAAAUGCCUUUGUUGGAGCUUUUUUUUGUUUGCUUCCCUACAGGGCUUCUCUGUGGUGAAAUCAGAAAAGCCUAUGUGGAGUUUGUGAACGUGAGCAAGUGUCCUCUCACCUCCCUGAAGGUUGUGUCCAAGCACCCAGAAUUUUUUACCUUUGGUGGAAAUACUGCUGUUCUGACACCACUGAGUCCUUCAGCCUCUGAAAACUGUAGUGCUUACAAGACUGUUGUGACCGAUCCUACCUCUGUGCGUACGGCACUGCUCUCUUCAGCCUCUUCUGUAGACUUUGGGGUUGGCACAGGAGGACAGCCUGAGGUGAUACAAGUCCCACUGCCUGAUGCUGUUCUUCUUCCUGGGGCCUCAGUGCAGCUGCCAAUGUGGUUACGGGGACCAGAUGAAGAAGGUGUUCAUGAAAUUAACUUUUUGUUUUACUAUGAAAGUAUUAAAAGACACUCAAAGAUGUGCCACAGAGUCCUGAGGCACACUGCAGUUAUUUGCACCAGCAGGUCCCUGCAUGUUCGAGCCACUGUCUGCAGGAGUAAUGCACUUGGAGAUGAAGAAGGCAGAGGGGACAACAUGUUGGUGUUUGUGGAUGUAGAAAAUAUCAAUACU